AUGUAUAUGUGCCAGGGGAGCUGCAGCAGCUGCAUUAUACUAUUGACCAGUACCACCAGCGAUGAACCCAAUAUGGCCGUUGUCGACCCGGCGACCAAGCAAUCUGCAUCUUACAUCCGUCCCAGUAGCUGGGCAGAUGGUCUCCGAGGAAUUGCCGCGCUUUUCGUGGUCGCUAGCCAUACCUGUCUCUCGUUUGCGACAUAUCUGAUCCCGCCGUCUUUCUCGGAAACAGGAAAGUCUAUUUUGUUUCAACGACCAUUCUUUAGACUGGUCAUACAGGGCCAGGCUUGGGUAGCCAUCUUCCUGGUGCUACUCGGGUUCGUGAAUGCCCUAAAACCGCUCCAACUAGCCCGACGAGGAGCUACAGCCGAUGCUCUCGCUACCCUCUCUACAGGCGCCUUCCGGCGCAAGUGGAGACUGGUCUUCCCCGCUGCUCUGAUGACAAUUUUAACUUGGCUUCUAUUGGGAACUUGGCUGUACGGAGAAAAUGCCUACGACCAACCUCAAUGGGCACUACUACCCCUUUUCCGUGGAUCACUAUAUGUAUUCAUGACCCUGCUGGCUUUGGUGCAUACCACGCCACUUUUCCGCCUCUGUGCCCAAGUGGUCCUAUACACCUAUUCCUGGGUAACACUGGAUGGUACUGUUGGAACCAAUAUUUUCGCUGGCAUGAUACUAGCGGAACUAUCAUUCUACAACCUGACGGCCCUCCGGCCACGUCUGAUCUUCAAAGUCCUACCCUACGGCCUCGUCAUACUAGGCCUCUACAUCUGCUCGUACCCCGAUCAAUACGCCGACCAAACCGCAUGGUCUUCCCAGCUCGCAUCACUUGCUGAGAUCAUCUUCCCAAAAGAUGCUAACGUCAGCCGCUACUACGCCAGUCUUGGGGCGCAGAUGAUAUGUCUUGGCGUGAUACUUUCUCCCUUCAUGAGACGGAUGCUGUCCCACCCCUUGCUGCUGUGGUUUGGGUCGAUCAGCUUCCCGCUAUAUCUCGUCCACGGACCGCUAAUGCGAUCUGUUCUGGUUUAUCUUCUGUAUUUGCCCAUGGCAAUUGGCUUUGAGCCGGCUUUAAGAGCAGAUGGGACACCUGACCCGGACUCUUAUAUUCCAACGCCGAGCCCAUUCCGACUUGGAGUUAUUCUGGUUAUAUUUUUUGCGUUCUUGCUCUAUGUUGUCCAGCAGUGGGCGAAGCAUAUAGAACCGAAGAUGGGUGCACUUACAGCUGCGCUUGAUAGAUUUUCCCGUUCAUGGGGUAAGAAUGAGGUGUGGCCUUCAAAACGGAAGGAUGAGAUGCUGCCUAUUGCCUCGGUGCGGGAGUUAAAUAUAUAG